GCCAAACAAACAGCAGCAUACACCAUGAACCAGAUAAUCGAGCCUGCUUAUUCCGAGAUGGUCGACGCUGAUGAUUUACGGACGGAGUUCGCUUCCGCCAUGUCGGCAAUGUACAAGCAGGAAGUGCCUCUGUACGGCGACCUGAUCAAGAUCGUGCGCGAGAUCAAUACAGCCACCAUCAAGCCUACCUCCGAUACUGUGGCGCUGCGAGCCAGCGCAGAGCGACUGACCCUCGAACGACAUGGUGCUAUCCGCCUCGGAACACCCUACGAGCUUCAGACUAUGCGACGGAUUUUCAGGGUGCUAGGCAUGCAACCCGUCGGCUACUACGAUCUAUCUGUGGCCGGUCUCCCAAUGCACGCGACCUGCUUUCGCCCCCAGACAACUUCGAGCCUCGAUCGCAAUCCCUUUCGGGUGUUCACCACUCUCCUUCGACCGGAGCUACUGGCAUCUGACGCUGCCAGAGCGCAGGCCAUGAGCUUGCUAAGGCAAAGGAGGAUCUUCACCGAUACACUUUUGGAACUACUCGACAUUGCUGAAGCACAGGAUCAUAGACUUACCAAGGAGCAAGCCGAGGUGUUCAUUCCCGAAGCGCUCCGCAGCUUCAGUUGGCAGUCGGUGGCAGCCGCAACAUACGAGCAGUACCAGGUCCUGAAGAACGAGCAUCCUAUCCUGGCCGAUAUCGCCUGCUUCCAGAGCGCUCACAUCAACCACCUCACGCCGCGAACCUUGAAUAUCGCCGAGGUUCAGGCUACCAUGAAGGCCGCAGGCAUGGCAGUCAAGUCCCGCAUCGAAGGCCCGCCCCUGCGGAGGUGUCCCAUUCUUCUCCGGCAGACCAGCUUUCUUGCUCUGGAGGAGACAGUGAAUUUCAAGACUUCCUCGAAUCCUAGUCAGAGCCAAUGGGUAAGAGCCACUCACAAGGCCCGUUUCGGCGAAAUCGAAGAGCGAGGCGCUGCCGUCACGCCGAAAGGGAGACAGCUGUAUGACAGACUCUUGGAGGAGAGCAUGGCUCAAGCUACAGGCGCCGACCCCGAGCAGGUCGAUGCCAUCAUGGCUGCAGUCUUCGAACAGUACCCGGAUGACUGGACCGCGCUGAGGCAGCAGGGGUUGAUCUACUGCGAAUACCGUUGCACGGGACCAGAAGGCAUGGGCGCCUUACCGCAAGAUGGAUCCCGUACUUACUCUCUGGAGCAAUUGAUAGCCGAAGGUCAUAUCGAGGCGUCACCGAUCACAUAUGAGGAUUUUCUGCCCUUCUCCGCCGCGGGGAUCUUCCAAUCGAAUUUACAGUCCCAAGCUGUGAACAACCAUCGCGUGCUCUGUCAAGAAGGGAAGAGCGAUCGGGAGGGCUUCGAGAACGCGCUCCAGGAACGACCGAUGGAUGUCGACGAGUGGUAUCAGCGCGCACAAACGCAGAGCUUGGAACGGGUUUGUGUGGCGUUGGGCUUGAGGCCAGGGCAAUUGGUGGAGUGAGUUGCCAUGCAUAAGGGUCUUCCUCCGGUAUAGUCUUAUUUACUCGUAUCCAUCGUCUAUACUAGAGAUAUACCCAAUCACAGGCCGAAUACAUCGUAUUGAUGUGUCUUACUAGAUAUGGUACUACGUACACGUACUAUACUGUG